GUUCAGACGGACCCAAAAUGAGAGGGACGCUGUUGCCACAGGCAGCAAUUGGCGUUCCUCUGCUGGCUUAUCAGUGUUGUCAGUCUUUCACUUUUAUAACAGGGAUUUAAUAAGCAGAGACGGUCAAUAAAACCGCAAUCCUAAACUCAGUCUCCAGGAACCAUGCAACGGAGCUUAUUUCGGGUUAAAACCUGCAGUUUCGGACUGAUUACAUCGAGUUUAAUGGAUACGAAGGUGGAUAAACAAGCUAACGUUGGCAUGUAACUACGGAAUUACUUUGCAUGUCAAAACGCAGAGCAGAUACGUUUUAUAUGGACUAAAAGUUGAUUGUUUACGAAGCGAAGCACUUUCACACUUGGUGCCUUUUUAAAGCGAUGGCGUGAUCGAGUGGAGGAGCGCUCUGACAUGUCCUGCAGUCAUCUCGCGCCACAGAGCCGACAUUCCCACAGCACUACUGGGCAAUAUGGCAGAGAGAUGUCCUCUGGCAGAGAAGGCCAUGUCGGAAGGUUUCGCUCGGCUGCGGUACAGAGACACAUCGCUGCUCAUUUGGCAGCAGCAGCAGCUGGAGCUUGAGAAAUCACCGACUAACUACCUGAACCGCAGCCGCAGCGCCUGGUACAGUCAGUACGGCAACCAGGCCGUGGUAGUGCGGGACAAAAACACGGUACACGCGCCUGAAAGUGGCUCCCGCAUAUGUUCUGUUAUGUAACAGUGUUAUGGGAUUAUACGAGUCCUUAUUUGUAAAAAGAGCGACCAAUUCUCAUUGCAGUUUCCGAUAUCGUCUUGGAAAUAGCCGGACCUAGUUGCAGCUGUAAGUUUAAUAUUAAAGGGACACAGCCAUGAGGACCAGACUACUAGUAUUCCACAUGAGAGCGAAGCAUCCUGGAUUAGAGACUUUGCCAAAGAGGAAAAGUUUAUUAUUGGCUCUUCACUGGGAUCUUAGUCGGACUCAGACAGCCAAUUAUGCUUCAAUAAUAAAUAAUAGUUUUGUGAAUUACUGCUCAAUCAAAGACACUGGUGAUUCAUAUGAUAGAUUCCAGAGG